UGAAAUCCGCUGUUGAGCAGUAAAGCUCACCUAGGGAAGUAGUUUAGUUUAAAAGCAAGAAAAUUAAAGACCGCAGAUUAGACCAAAAUGGGUGUAAGCAGAGUGUCAAGCUAGUAAAGGUUUGGGGGAAACUUAGAAAGUGGUAGAACCAAGAAGCACGAAGCUCAUAGGGUAUAAAUAAAAUCCUAGGGGGUACACACAAGAUGUCAUACUUGCUGAGUAACAUUCUGAUUCCAGUCGGUGAAGACAGCUAAGUGUGCAGUUGUGUGGACUCUAAUGAUGGCUAGAGGUCCUUCCACAUUGAGAAUUGACUUUUAGUUGCAUUUCUGGGUGUUUAUAUGUCUUCCUGGCUAUUUUGAAAUAUUUGCUGGAGAUGGAAAGAUGUGGGCGCUUCAGUGAAUAGUGGAGAAGCGUCUGCAGAUUAGCCUCUUCUGACGCAGAAGCAUUCCUCAGAGUGAUUGGAUCCAAAAUGGUUCCCUUGCUCACUGAGUAAAGGCUAUUCUUUCUCGGACAUCUGGGGCAUCUCUGUUUACCUGCAGGUAAAUCUCAGAGAGGAACACAAACUGAUAAGGAAUCACUAUGAGACAUCUGUUGGGAAAAGGCUUACAUCUCUGGAAACGUAAUGCUUAGAAACAACCGAGUUCUGGAGAGAGUGAAAUCUAGUACAUCCUUGACACCUGCCACUCACCAAAGGGACAACGAUCACAAAAUUCCUCCACUGAAGCAAAAGCACAAGCAGAAAAUGAAAGGGGAUAUCGUGAAUGUGCGCCGAAGUGUCCGAGUGAAAACCAAAGUCCCCUGGAUGCCCCCUGGCAAAACACCUUGCAGAGAGUCAACUUACAAGUGGGAGGGACCAACCCAUCGCCUGGAAAUCACCCCUCCGGAUUCUGAGAAAUUACUGUCAGUGCUCCGCCUGAGUGAUCUCUCGACAGACGAGGAAGACGCCAUUCACUGCAAAAUGAACAAGUAUGAGAAGAAGAUCGACAGCUUGUUGAAUGUGGUGGGAACGCUGAAGAACGAGAACCAAUUGAUAUGCCCUCAAGUCAAGAUGCCCAAGCGAGAAGGGUGUGUGGCGAAGCGCCUCCUGGACGAGCACAAGGAAGAGCUGGAGGAGGUCACUCAGGAGCUGGUAGAGACGGAACACGAGAACACCGUCCUCCGGCGCAACAUUGAACGUAUGAAGGAGGAGAAAGAUCUGAGCCUACUGCAGAAGCGGCACCUGCAACAUGAGAAGGAGUGUUUGAUGUCCAAGCUGGUGGAGGCAGAGCUGGAUGGAGCGGCGGCAGCCAAGCAGAUCCAGGCCCUGAAGGAGACCAUUGGCAAACUCAAAUCUGAGAAACACAUGACUGUCUCAGACAUCAACACACUGACCAGGCAGAAAGAGCUGCUGUUGCAGAAGCUGAAUACUUUUGAAGAGACCAACCGGACACUCCGGGACCUGCUUAGAGAACAACACAGCCGAGAGAAAGAUUCUCAGAAAUUGACGGAACAACAGGCACUGCUGAUGAAGAGGCUGGCAGACUCUGACGCGGAGAAAGCACAAUUGAUGAAGAAGCUGCAAGAGAAAGAGAAGGAAGUGGACGAUCUGAUGGUUCAGAUGAGGACAGAAAAGGACCAAGCCAAGACGGCGUCGGAACUCUCCAAAUCUAUGGAAGCUGUGAGGGGCCAUUUGCAGGCGCAGCUGCGCAACAAAGAAGCGGAGAACCACCGCCUGGGUAUCCAGAUCCGGAACCUAGAGCGGGUGUCUACUCAGCACAAGGCAGAAGUGGACGGCGUCAUGGAGCAGCUGAAGGAGCUGAAGGCCAAGGCCGAGCGGGACAAGGAGAACCUGAAGAAAGCCAUCCGUGCCCAGAAGGAGCGGGCAGAACGCAGCGAGGAGUACGCCGAUCAACUGAACGCCCAGCUCGCGGAAAAGGACACCUAUGUUUCCGAGGCGUUGGCCACCUUGGAGUCUUGGAGAAGCCGCUACAACCAAGUGGUGAAAGACAAAAGCGACCUGGAGGUUGAGAUAGUGAUGCUGAACAGCCGUAUUUCAGACCUAUUAGAGCAGCAGAACACCAUGGAGGACAAGAUGCGGGAAGACCGAGACGCCCUGGUGGACAAACUGCACCGGCAGACCACGGAGAGCACCUCUUUCAAAGUGGAGAACGAUAGGCUGAAGAAUGCCAUGAUCCCUGUGGAGGAGAGGCUGAAUAAGGCCCAGCAGGAAGUAGCUCACCUGAAAGCAUCCCUCAAGAACUAUGAAGAGCUUAUUGAAACCUACAAGAGUCAGGUGAUGAAGACCCGAAUGGAAGCUGACGAGGUGACCGUGAAACUGGAGCUUUGUGACAAAGAGAACAAGGCACUUAAAGAAGAAAUGGCCAAGGAGAUUGAAAAUGCCCGUAAGCAGUUCCAGACUCAGGUGGCCGAGCUGGAGAAGCUCCCCGAGAUCCUGAAGAUCACGGAGACGAAGCUGGCCGAGUGCCAGGAUCAGCUGAAGAGCUACGAGAAGAAGAACAUGGACCUCUCGGCCAUGAUCACCGACCUCCGUCAGCGGAUUGAGCUGCAGGGAGACAAGAUGGAGAUGACCAGAGAAAAAUAUCAGUCGGCCCAGGAGGAGAACAAGCACCUGAUCCUAAAGCUAGAAGAGCUAGAGAGGAAGCUUGAAGCCACAAGCGGUCAGAACAUAGAAUUCCUCCAAGUCAUUGCCAAAAGGGAAGAGUCCAUCCACCAGUCCCAGCUGCGGCUCGAGGAGAAAACCCGGGAGUGCAGCUCCUUGGCCCGCCAGCUGGAAAUGGCCAUUGACGAUGCCAAGAGGCAGCUGGAGCAAACGAGGGACCGGGCCGCCUCGAGGGAAAGAACCACCCAGUCUAAGAUUCUGGACCUGGAGACCCAGCUGAGCAGGACCAAGACCGAACUGAGUCAGUUGCGCCGCAGCAGGGUCGACACAGAGCGCCGCUACGAAAGCCGCCUCCAGGACCUGAAGGACCGCCUCGAGCAGUCGGAGAGCACCAAUCGCAGCAUGCAGAACUACGUGCAGUUCCUCAAGUCCUCCUACGCCAACGUCUUUGGCGACAGUGCCUUGACCAGCUCUCCGAUCCGCCCCCGGUCGCCCCUGUGAUUUGGACCUUCCCCGCCAUCACCUCCGACACGCCACUGUUACCGGCCCAGCUGGGUGGACCUACUGCAAAGCCAUAACCUCUUCUGGAGCCUGCGUAGCUCUGGGGGUCUCCGUCGUAUUGCUGGGAGGGGGAGCGCACCUCUUGCACGGAAGAGAGAGGCAGGCGGCCAUUGAGGGCUGCACUGCAUUAUAAGCCAUGGUAGAACUGGUAAGUGAAAGCCCUCCCCCCCCCCCCAACGCCUUAAUCUUCUAGUGCCUUACACCAGUUACGUCUCUUGCAAGUAACCCUGGCGGUUUUAAUAUUUUUGUAUCUUUUUUUUUUAAAAAAAAUGAUUGAUGUGUUCUGAAUGUUUUUCUUACUAUUCCUUGAAUCCCGAGAGAUCAUGUCUGCUUGAUGAAAAACAAACAGGAUAACUUAGCUGGCCAGCUGUGGAGUUGUGAACUUAGCAAAGGCCCCAUCUGCAGGCAGCAAGGGAGAGGGGCAGAGCGGUGUGUGGGAAACCUCAUUCCCUUUUCUUCUCUGGCGUUUCUCCCGGUCAGGGGUUCUCAGCCUUGGGUCCCCAGUCUGCCACUCCCAUCAUCCCAGCCACAGUGGCCGUUGUGACAGGGGGAUGAUGGGAGUUGUAGUCUUAACAACGUCUGGGGGCCCAAAGGUUGAGAACCCCUGCUUCAGGCUGUUCUAGAGAGGAGUUGCCAGUUCACGUGUGAAAAGUGACAGCCACUGCAAGAAAGGCCUCUUUGCCCAGCACUCUGCUGCUAAGAGUAACAUUUCACACUGGCCUUCCUUGCACAUUCUGCAGUUGGGGGUCCCUGAGAUCCGUAACUUUACAGAUCAUCCACGUCUUCCUAUUCGUUUACCGUUUCCUUAAGAAAGACUUUGUAUUGGGGGCAAUGAGAUUUUGCUAAACACUGUCGAAUAAUCUGUUUCCUUUUCCAUGUCCCUGUGUGCGAGAGUGAGUGUGCGAGAAAGCUGUGUACCCUGCAUCUAUUCUGCGUAACACCUUUUAUCCCCGCGUACAGUCCCACUCGAGGUGGACGUCGGGCUGCUGUCCAAAAGUAGCUGCUUGAGGUCUUUUAACAUUCUGUCCUGUCUCCUGGGUUUCUGCAUAACCAGACUGCUUAAGCGUAGAAAACCCCUUUCUUCUUUCCAGUAUUUAUAUUUUUAUCAUCUUCCGUUGCCAAAUAUGUGAUUGCGGUGGUGGUGGUGGAGAUGGGCCAACUGUGUUGCUCGUUUGCAUUUUUUUUUUAAAAAAAAAAUUAUUUAUGUACAAGGCAGUAAAUGAACUUUUUUGUGUUUGAAAAUUUGUUUGGGUUAACGUGUGGCUUUAAAAAGAUCACAAAGGUGCUGUGAUAAAGUUUUGUCAAGGACAGAA